GCGCCCCCGUCGCGGCGCGCUCGGGCGGAAGUGAGGUCGGCGGCUCCGGUGGCUGCGCAGCGUCGGCGGGGAGCGCGGGCUGCGGAGAGGCGGGCCGGGCCAAGCGGAGCCGAGCGAGCGGGAGCGCGGCGUCCGGGAGGUGGCGGAGACGCGGGGCUCGGAGGGUCAGCCUCUUAUCGUAGCAGGUCUCCUCGGCGCGCUCCCCUUGUUUCGCCCCACGGCCAAGCCCGCCGCGGGCCGGCGUGCGCUGGUCACUGAGGCCCAGGUCGCCGCCGCGGCGCGUUUUUGAAAUCAUGAAUCCUGUUUAUAGUCCUGGAUCUUCUGGGGUUCCCUAUGCAAAUGCCAAAGGAAUUGGUUAUCCAGCUGGUUUUCCCAUGGGCUAUGCAGCAGCAGCUCCUGCCUAUUCUCCUAACAUGUAUCCUGGAGCGAAUCCUACCUUCCAAACAGGUUACACUCCUGGCACACCUUACAAAGUGUCCUGUUCCCCCACCAGCGGGGCCGUGCCGCCGUACUCCUCCUCCCCGAACCCCUACCAGACUGCCGUGUACCCUGUGCGAAGUGCCUACCCCCAGCAGAGCCCAUAUGCACAGCAAGGCACGUACUACACACAGCCACUGUAUGCAGCACCUCCUCACGUCAUCCACCACACCACGGUGGUGCAGCCCAACGGCAUGCCAGCAACAGUGUACCCUGCUCCCAUCCCCCCUCCUAGAGGCAACGGGGUCACCAUGGGCAUGGUGGCUGGGACCACCAUGGCCAUGUCAGCAGGUACCCUGCUGACUGCUCACUCCCCAACUCCUGUCGCCCCCCACCCGGUCACUGUGCCCACAUACCGGGCCCCAGGAACGCCCACUUACAGCUAUGUGCCCCCUCAGUGGUGAUCACCUGCAAAUGUUUGAGGACGGAGCUGUGCAGUCACAUUAUUGGGGAUUCCACAGCUGGUGCUGCAGGCCUUGCGCCUCCAACCAGGACUUUCUUCUUAAUGCUCUCGACACUUAGCUAAACACGACUAUAUCCCGGCCCAGCAGGCCCCAGCGCCGUUAGUCUCCAGCUGACUCUGUGGGUUGGUCUUAAAGCAAAUUCUGUUUUGUGGACUGCCUGGCAAUUUUUUAGCUAACUGUAAUGAUAAAAAGGGAGUAUUAAUCUAUUCUGAAUCAUAUCUAGUUGAAUGCAUGUUUAAAAAAACAAACACAAAAAGCUUGCUCAAUCUACCUGCAGUGACUGAUGCAAAACCAUCAUAUGCAAAAUCCAAAGGAAUGGAAACGUAUUUUACAACUUGUAUCACUAAUGCACUGUUGUAAUGUAUGCAAAGUCUUAAAGUUAUAAGUGUUAAAGUGAAUUUCUUCAUAGAGCAUCUGAAAUAUCUUAGAUGAUUCUUCAACCUUUUGGGGUUGAUGUGGGUUGCCAGUUAGGGAUGUGGACAUUUUAGUUUUCAGCGACCUGUUUCUUUGGCACUGACUGUCCUGGGAGGGAGUUGCGAGGUUUGGGAGAGAGUAGGGAAGCCACAGCUGCUUGGGUGCAGCCGGUUCAUGGGCAUCCCUUUGAGUUUAGGCUUGGUGGAGUCAGUGGAACAGGGACAUGCUUAAAGCUCAUCAUGAAAGAUUAUAGUAGUGUGGCCAGUAGAAUUUGGGGCGAGGGGGGUGGUUUAUGUGUCAGCAAAGCAGUUUCUCUGCUAUCUAAAUUUUCAUUACAUUUCUCUUAGAUGAUGUUUUUAUAUAUCUUUAUUGGAAAAGUCCUAUGUAAAACUAAAUUAUUUUCCUGGGAUGGAAGAAAUGUGAAAGAGAAACAGCCAUGCUUGCAGGAGGUAUUGUCCUCUGCUUUAUUUAGCUUAGAAAAUCAUUCCAUUUUUUUUUUUUUCCUGGAGAAAUGUUUGAAUCAGCUGAAAACAGGCAUUGCUGUUUUUCCUCUACAAAGAAGGGCAAAGGUUUCAGCUGUAUGUUAUGAAGAAAGUGGUAUAUUUAAGAAUGAGUUAAAAGGGAACAAAACUUUAUUUAAAAUUCCUCCAAUUUCUUGUAGAAAGGCAGGGCCGUAGAUAUGUCUGGAAAUGUAGAAACCUGUAGCUGCUUCUGGGAUCACCCACCUGAUGGUGGUGACUUGUCUGCUGAGGCCGGCUGGAGGGGACGCUUAGAGGUGGGGCGAGGGGGAGGCCUGUGUCUGUUAUCUGCGAGCCUCUCCUGCCAUCUCUUUUGCAGCUGAGGGCACUUGGCACAAAGCAAGCACAGAGAGCAGAGAGGGCCAGGCAGUGCUGGAGUGCAUUUGCUGGCAGGGUUUAUUGUGGGAGAGGAAUUUGAGUUUAGAAUCUGAAUCUUGUGCAUAAGAAAUCAAGAGGCUUCCCUCCACCCCGCCCCCAAAAUAUGCCCGCCCUCUAUCCAUGAGAGUGCGUGUUGGUUCUCAGUGAGGGUCAGAGUGGGGGUGGGGGAUGUAAGGCCUGGGUCCCUUUCAGCGGCCUCUAGGGCAGAAGCGUGCAUCUUCUUCCCAGUGCAGUGGUGUUUUGAGUGCUGUGGGCUCUGGUGGGGAGGGGCUCUGCUCCUCUUCUUUUGCUGGUAGCUGGGUCAGGGCAAUGGCGCCCAGUGAGGAUGCCCACUAGCAUUCUGCCCCAGUUGGUUGGUGGGGGGACACCUGACCACUGAGCCUUUGGUAACCUUAUUUUUUAUAGUAAGUACUCCUCAUAAUUUUCUUUUUCACAUUUUAUAAGAAGUUUAGGAAUAUUUUUGCAUGGAUCAUUGUAAACAGCAGAUUCUUUAUUCCUGAUGUCUAUUAACAUAGAAUGUUUACUGGUAAGUACUUUAAAUUGCUUCAUGAGCACUUAAUCCAUCUUAGUGUCUAUGUGUGGGGGCAGACAUUUACUGCAGGCACACAGUUUGUGCCCCUUUCUUCAAGUCUCUGUUGGUAAUUCCAUCUGUUUAGUGGAUGGUUGGCAGGAUUAGUAGGUUCUAAGAGUUCCAGGGGUUCAGCUGACCAAGUAGCAGAGAAGUCUUUUUUCCCAAUUGAGUGCUAAUAAAUUAGGAUAAAAUACUCACAAUGUUAGUAUGUGCUUUUAAAAAGCCCCACACAACAAAAUGGAAACAUACAUGCACAACUCCUGUGAGGGCUGGAGUCUCGGGGUUCAGGAGGAGGUUAGAAGUUACAGGCAUCUCUUCAGGCGUGCUUGGUACUUGGCACACACAGGAUGGUGUUUUAAAGAGUGGGCUGCACCCCCCACACACCAUUUACAUCAGCUUCAUAAACACUUUUCUUCCUCCCUAUAACUUAACCUUUUUUCCCUUUUUUGAAGAUGAGAGGCUUUAUGAAAUAAGUUGGCAUUGCACGUCCAUGCAGAAAUCUUUCUGACUUUGAAACUUUCAGGACAUCAGCUGUCAGAUAUGAAAGGUAGAUAUCAGGUAAGAAUCUGGACUUAGGGAAUAGUCACAAAACUGUCAUAGGUUGUAAUUUUAUCAGCAUUCACUUCUAGUAAAGUUAAUUAAGAAAUAGAACUUGGGUCAAAAUUCUGUUACAAAGCUGCAUAAUUUGUCCCGAAGCAUAUGGUGGAGCAUUCUGAGAAAUUUGCUUUUUGUGUGUUUGACAUUCCUAAUUUGGGAGUCCUUCAGCUGAAUUACUGUUCUUUUAGAAGUUGAGACAGGCAAGCAAAGGACCUAGUUCAUGUAAACAUGGACAUCAUGAUGGCUAUUGAAAAAAUAUUUGUUCUACACCUUCUCCCCUGAGGCUUGGGAGUGUGUUCAGCUGCUGCAGUUUCUCUGCUCAUGGAAUUCUUGUUUGGAUCUGUGCUGGGGGCUGAGCAUUUAGUGUGAGCCAGUGACCCAUGAACUUGCCGCUCUGACUUCCAGAACCUUUUAUGUCUCUCGUGAGCCAUCUGUUAAGAACAUUCUUCUUGGUGUGGUUUGUAGGCCUACCUGUCGCUAUUCUGGGAAACCGUCUUGAGUGCUAUGCAAAUGUGUUCACAGGAGAUGGGGGUGGUCCUGAGCCUUGGGGUGGGCGCCUGGUCAGUGAGUGUCCUGCCCUUCCCCAACUGGGCAUACAGUACCUUGCUCUUUCUGGUGGCAUUAUCUGGCUGUGAUGAAUGAGGUCUAGGAAAUAAUUUGCAUGUGUCUUGGGGACACGACAGUAACGAGAGGAAAUACAUUAUCACAGCAACUUGCAACGUACUAAUACCUGUCAGUGUUGGCUCCCGUAAGGUAUAUAAGGCACCUGUGAAUGCCAGUGAGUGCUGGUGAAAGGCCAACAUGUACCAGUUAUGUAAGUACUGGUGUCUGCUUUAAAAAAGGAGACCCAGACUUCACCUGUCCUUUUUAAACAUUUGAGAACAGUAUUACUCUAAGCAGUUGGGCCGCCUUCACCUCUUCGACAGCUGACUGUUGGAUGUGUCCAUUGUCGCCAGUUUGGCUGUUGCCCAGACAGGACAGGACAGGACCUCCACUGGGCGCAGCAGCAGGUGGCAGGGGUGUGGCUUGAGGUGGGUGGCAGUGUCUGGUCCUCCUCUCUGGUGCUGAGAGGGUUUCUCAAGCAGUGUGUGGUUGGCCUGGGGAAGGCAGAGCACGUAUUUCUCCCCUCUAGUACCUCUGCAUUUGUGAGUCUUCCCUCUGGGCCUUCUGAAGGGCAGCAGACUCUUGAGUAUACUGCAGAGGACAUGCUCUAUCAGUAGGUCCUGAGGGCUCCAGGGGCUCAACUGACCAAGUAACACAGAAGUGGGGGUGUGUAGCCUACUUGGGUAGGAAACUGCAUGUUUCAGAAAGUCUGUCUCGUUUUCCUACUCAUUAUUUGAAGAAUAGAGAGCCGGUGGGGAUAGCCUUAUUUUGCUCCACAGGACUCAAGUGAUGUCACUUGGGAAGGGGAGACAGAGGAUGAGCGGCGUCUAUGUAGGGACCCCAGGCCUGCAGAAGGGUGGUGUGCUCCCAGGACUGGCAUGACAGGUGUCUCCUCCUCACCACAGGCUGUGCCCAUGAGUCCCUGGGCAGACCAGUGGGCAAGGCAGCUGGGCCAGAUCUCAGGCCAGCCGUUAGUGCUCCUAGCAGGGUUGCUGUGCUGGCCACACAGAGAGGCCCUAGAGAGCCUCAUGGAUUGUAACUAAAGAAGAAACGGUUCCUUUUUGUUUUUUUAAAAAUGAUUUUUAAAUACCGUUUUUUACACCGUUCUCUUGGUACUUUUUUUAAGCUAAGUCAGCAUUGUCUUCCAGUGUUAAAGGCAUCCCUCACCUCUGCAUUGAACUUAACGUAUCCAUGCCAAGGAAUGGAAUUUCCAUCCUGAGCCAGUUCAAUUAGGUGUCAAUUGAUACUAUUUUAAUUUUUUAUGCAAUCUGAUGAGUAGAUGAGCUCAGAUUUAAAAAUCUCAAAAGCACGUUUAUUGUAACAAGAAUUGUUAUGUAUUAAUACUGCAGUUUUCAAUAAAGAUUGACUUGUGUUGCA